CACCAUCCAUUUUAACUAACCAGCUAACUAACGAACUUUGAUUGUGGGGAGUUAUAGUUGGUUACGUAUUCCAUUUACUUAUUUACUUACACUUGCAUGCUGAACUUGCCGAGACCAAGACUUGCAAGAAGAAAGAAGCAGAAAAAUUUUAAUCUGUACGUUGAAUUCAUAUUUUAUUCAACACACUUGUUACAUCGCCAUCAAUCAGAAUAUCUAAAUCUUGGUCAAAAGUUUGCAACAAUUGAUACACCGUCUGGGUUAAGGUUGUUUUAAAACCAGUUAUUGUUAUACAUACAUUUCAUCAAUGUUUGUAUAACAUUGUUAACCAAACCACACGAAAGAAAGUGAAAGCACGGCGUGCAGAGGAAAGUGACAUAAUAAGAAAAGAAGUGCAAUUUCUUUCACACGGUGAAAAAAAAUCUUCCAUCCAUGAAAACAAGCCAAGACUUGACAAAGACUUUACCAAGCAAAGUUUCAUAAAAGUUGAUUUUCUAAAAAUAUUAAAAAGUGCCGUUUUUCCGUCCAGCUGAAUAAUAACAAUAAUUUAAUCCUUUUUUGGACUUUAAAAUACCAGAGGAAAAUCCCAUUAACAAAAAAGUGGCCGAGUGAGUGAAGCGAGUUGAACUUUAUGCAACCGACCGAGAGUGCUAUAUAUUGCUAUGAAUUCGAGUCGUGGAAGUGUGUAUAGCGUGAAGUAAAGUAAAGUGUGCAUAAUAAAUAAACCACUUCUGACACAGGUUUCAAACACUUACUCAUCAUCAAAAAAUAAUAUGGGAUGGGAUGAUGGCUGGAUAUUAAAUAAGAGAGAAGAGAGGAAACGAUAAAUAUUGGUGGUGGUAGCGACGGCCAUUUUGGGAUCGUUUGAAUAAUGAAUUCCCUCCCAACUUUCAAACUAUUUCCUACUUCAAAAAAAUACACCACUUGUUUCCCAUCCAGCUCUAUAUGCUACUUCCUUCCAGUAAUGCAGGCAUAAUAAUAAUUUCCAUUACACGCCUUCAUCCUCCUGCUCUACAUAUUUUCAAACUGUCGGAUUUCUCCUCUCUUCUCCUUCUUCCGUCUUCUACAACACUUUAUUAUGUAGAAAUAUUCAAAUUAAGACUCGAAUUAAGACUCUAAAUGCGUGGUUCUUCUAUUGUGUGUCUUAAGUAUUUAAACUAAAUCUGAUUUGAAGGUCCUCUUGAUUGGGUGGGAGUGUUUUUCUGUUUGCAAAACUCGUGGAAUAUAGCGUGGAAGGAUUAUAGUAGAUUGAAACUUCUUUUGUAAAAUAAAAUAAUAAUCAAACUACUUACUACUAAAGCUAAACUACUACCUGUGAGUUAGGUGAGUGAGUUGUAAAGAUACGACUUUUUUUGUUACCUACACAGCUCUAUGGAUGAUGUGACCUUGUUAAGUAACUUUCAUAGUCGCAUAAAGAAUUUAAGCCACUAGAGUCAAAGAAGUGACGUAAUUUUGUGAUUUGUAAUAAUGUGAGUGAGUGUGUAUCAUGGUUAAAGAAAGAGGUAGUACAGAGUAAAAUAUAGGCUGUAAUGUUAAAGUAACAAUAUAUACGUCUACUACCCCAUCGGAUGGAGGACGAAUUAUUACCAAGUACAUUAUAGUUUCAAUUUUUAUUUUUUCCAACAAUCUUCUCUCUUCUUGGACUUUCCUGUAUCAUUAAAAAUAAGUACGCAGCAGCAACAGUUUAAAAUUUAUAUAACAUUAAUAAUUACUAGAAGUUUUACUUGUGUUAUACUUGAUUUUUUUAUCGAGCUUAUUAUUUUGAAGAAGAAGUUGCAUUUUUUUAAAUAGUUAAAAUUAAGUCAGUGCACUACCAGUUGAUAAUAAAAAUAAGUCAGUAAAAAUGAUGGAGUACGCGACCCACGAGGGUAGCGAGUACUACGGAGGAGGGAAGGAUGACGACCAUAAUGAAGAAGAAGACGCCACCGAGUACCAGUACAUGGACGGCGAGGAUCAGCAAGACGGUGGGGAAGAUGACGAUGACAUUGACUACGAACAGGAAGCCUAUGCUUAUCAGCAACAACUCAUCCAACAACAGAGACAAGAACAAAUCAUGGAACAGCAGAGACAGAUAUUGCUGAAAAGGGCGAAAAGAAAUCAAGCCAAGAAUGCUAGUGCCGCAGCAGUGUCUUCGCCCCAUUCCGUUCCGGUUAUCUCCCGAAAUGGAAAUAAUAGUGGAAGUUUGCUCAAACAGUUACCCCCUACGACGAGUGUGACACGAAAUAAUGGGAAUAUUUUGAUGAGGACGGCACUUUCAGCAAUGCCCAUGUCUUCCUCUCCCUCAACGUCUUCUGGGAGACGAGUAAUGAAUGGGUCCAGUCCAAGCAAAGUUGUCACAUAUUACCAGCAACCGGAAGUGCAACGGCGUGCCGGUGUGAAGGAGAACGGUGGUGGUGGUGGGGACAUGUCGACAGUGGGGUAUUAUUCGGAGGAAGACAUGCAGGAAGAGGGAGAAGAUGGUGGUUAUUAUAAUAAUGGAAGUGGGGGUGGUGGUGAAGAGUACGAUAACUCGGGUGGUGAAUAUAAUUAUUCCGAUGGAAGCGGUCAGAUGCGAGAUGAGUAUCAGGAUGGGGGUGACAACAUGGGGGAGGAUGACGAGGAGGAAGAAGAAGAAUAUCCAGAUACCCUGCAGUUUUGUGAAGCACAGUUUGAUGAUGCCGAUGACGACGAGGAGGCGAGAGGUCUUCCUCCGGUUGUCUAUCAAGGAAAUUAUGGUGGUGGUAAUGUUGACAAUUACUCUGAAGGAAGUUCUAGAAUAACUACGAAUGAAGCCGGGAUACGUAUCGUGGAAUCUUCCUCAGUUUAUGAACCGGAAGGGGAGGAAUUGGAUUAUGAGCAAUAUGUGGAGGAAUCGGAUCCAAUGACGCAACAAGUCGCCAAAAAAGUACAGAUGAACAAACCAAGGAAAAUUCGUCCAGAAAAACUGGCCGUGGAAGCAUAUUUACGACAAUUACAAGCGGACGCGUAUGACAACUUUAAACCAAAUAUUUUAGCCAGGAAAUUGAUGGGAGCGCCUAGUCAAACCGUUCAAGUCACUCGACCGCCUCCAUUAUUGCAUAAAUCCCUUCAACAAAAUUCAAAUUCUGGUGGUGGAUAUAAGACCUCCCCUUCUUCCGCUACGACCACAAUCUCUCUGGAAUCGAUUUUGCGACAACAACGCCCCACCAACACGAUGCCUCGUCUCCAAGCUAAAACCGCAAGUAGUCUCGUAAUCGGGAAUAAACUCAAAAUCAAGCCUAACCACAUCAUUCCAAGUGCUUCUUCUGAAACCAGUCCACAACGACAGAAAGGUCAGUUCCAAAAAUUGCAAAUGGCACCAUCGCAAAUUAAAUCGACCAAGUUUUUAAAUCAACAACAACACCAGUCCAAUAACUCAUCAUCGCCUCAAUCCAACAACCAAAUGUUUAACAACAGCAGAGUGCAAUCUAAACAAGCCAGAUCUUCCAAUAAUAAUAAUAAUUUUCACUACCAACAAGCCUCAAGUUCUCAGCUGAAUAGCUCGUCGUCCGCCAGAACGAAUGGAAUAUCAUCCGCGACGCAAUCAUUGUUAAACACUAAUCGCCUCAGUAUAGCCAGCAUUCAGCAACAAGUUCAGCAACAACAGCGAAAUGCAUUACAGCUUCAACAACAGCAACAAACAAAACCACAAAAAAACGUUCCACGGUGCCCUAUUUGCAAGAGGACUUUUGCAACUAAUCAAGUCCUUCAACGACAUAUGGUUUUACAUCAAACUGUGACACCUGAACCGGAAAUGAGAAAGUACAAAUGUGAAGAGUGUUUUGAAGAGUUUGCAUCGUCGAAUCUUCUUAAUCAACACAUGCAAUCUCAUGAUAUUAGUAAUUCUUCCCCUAAUUCGCCCGGCGGAUCUUCCACGUUGCCAAUUCACCGUUGUCGAGUGUGUUACAGGACUUUCACCUGUCUGGAGAGUUUAAAGGCCCACUCCCUCAUGCACGAUGGUGAAUUCAAAUGUCGAGCUUGUCGCAGAGGGUUUUCAGAUUGGAACGCACUGGAAGAACACGAAGCUACCCAUAAACGUUAUAAUUGCCAGUGGUGCGAAAAAUAUUUCAUGAAUUCUGGAAAUCUGAAAGCCCAUGAACGUAUCCAUACAGGGGAACGACCUUACAAGUGUAAUGACUGUCCAAAGGCCUUUAAACAACUCGGGGGUUUGCAGUAUCACUUGAAAACGAAUCCCAACCAUAAGCCUCAAAAAUACCACAAACAUGACAUGAUGGAGGGAUCAGAAGGUAACGAAGAUGGGUACCAAUACGCAAAUUAUGAGGACUACGAGGAUGGCGACGGCAUCCUUAACAUGUCCUUAGCUGACAUUGCUGCUGCCAACGGAUUAUAAUAUUCCAAACCUAUACCAGAACCGUUCCACAUUCCAUAAACUUGAAAAAAAUGUACGAGAUUCCUCAUCAUCACACAAUGAUGACUUCAAACAAAUACAUAAAAACGCCUUCUUCUUCUUCUUCCUUCCCAAUCGCUGGUUGGUCCGAUAAGUCUGAGGGGAGAGAAAAAAAUGCAGGAAAUGCUAAAAAUGACAUAAAUGUUUUAUUAUUCUUCAGUACAAUUGCUAACUUCCACCUUUUUAUAAGGUUAUCAUUAUUGCCUCGUCGUACAUAGGUUAUACAGUGUCGCACCCAAAAGUGUUCCAAACUAAUUAUACAGUACACGCAUCGUGUACAUAUAAAUUAAAGAGGUGGAACCCCUCUGUCGACAAUUUCUACUUAUUAUACUGCAUUUAGUUGAUAAAGACGUAGCAGUUUAUUAAUCGUUAAAGUUAACCUAUGCAUUUUUGUUUGAUCGAGCUAAAUCCUAUAUGCCACAAUAUAUGGGAGUCUGAUAAAUACUGAAAGAGUUGUAACGAUUUAUAGUCAGCAUUUUAUGAAAAUUAUUAUGAAACCCACUUCAUGAACAAUGUAUUUCAACACUCACACGAUAUUAUUAUUUUUGCACCUCAUUGUUGCCAUUAUUAUUCGUUGUUAUAAUUAUAUUUCGUACUUCCAUUAUCUUGUUUCUACAUAACGUUACGAAUAUCCAUACAUAGCUCCUUCUUUUGUACUUUUGUCUCUUUAUUCUUGACCUUUACUUUAAAUUGAGUUAACAGAAGAAUCGAUAAUAUUAUUUAUGGUGAAAGUCCAGUCUUUCGCUUCCGACACUAUGUCAUGAAAUAAUAUGCAAACAACACGGCUAUCUCAUUAUGACUAUUAUUAUGUAAUUGUUGUAGUGAAAAUUCAAGUCGAUUUUAUGCGUGAAAAUGGAACACUGAUGCUUAAAAGUACACAUACAAUUUUUAAUUAUUGUUAUAUACAUGGAAAAGAAAAUGUCAUGUCCCCAUGCACUGGGCGUUGUGAUAAACUCAUGAUAAUUUAGGUGCCUACUAAAAACUGCUAAUUAAUCCUGUUAAUAUUAGUUAAGUAACCCAUAUAUAUAUAAAUAUAUAAUAGUUUAGUUAAUUAAGACAUCUUAAGAGUAGUACACAAUACACAUAUGUAUAAGCUUAUCAUUAGUUUUUCCUUUAUCGUGAUUUAUUUUGUACCUUAUUAUAUAUUUCAUCAAACUUUAAGAAUUCCACAAAUUAUAUUAUUACUUCCGAAGAUGCUGUAAACAUAGUUGUAAAAUUUAGCCAGUAAGUAAGUAGUCAAUGACCUCUUCUCGUGGUACAAACAAAUACCAACACAACACACACACGCCCUUUAAUAUUUCCGACAAGAAUUAUUGUUUUCCAUUACAUUACACAUACAUGAUGAUAAAAUAUGCAGGGAUCACAGUCAUAAUAUUUAGAGAAGGAAAACAUAAAGUACAUACAUAAUUAAAUGUCACAAGUAAAAAAUUGUAUGAAAAUCGUUAAGAAAAGUAAAUAAAGUGUCAUCAUUUUAAACAAAAAA